AUUACUCCGAUACCGAUGGAGGCAGCAUUUCACCGCUUUCUUGGUCAGUCUGUCACUGAAGAAGAUAACUGUCCCGCCCCCACAAAGAUCAUGGCGGCCCCCGUGGUAGUCUGUCGAAAUAUUCGCACCUUUGGAAGGAUAUUCGUGGGAGUCUCACAAUCGGGAUCAAUAGGAUUGAACGCUUGCAGAUAUCAUGGGAUAUCUACAUUAUUUCGCCCUCUCCAGUUGCCUGCAGCCUGCCUCCACACUGGGACCUUCUCUUCCUCUCUUCCCUCAUCUGUGAUUCUCACAGAGGAGCCGGACACGCUGUACCAGAAGGUGUCUGUGCUGGUGAAGGGCCAUGACAAAGCAGUCCUGGACAGCUAUGAGUUCUUCGCCAUCCUGGCUGCCAGAGAGCUGGGAGUCACUCUGGGCAAAGUAUUUGAGCCUCCAAAGAACAUUGAGCGGCUGACACUUCUGAAAUCUGUCCACAUCUUCAAGAAACACAGGGUCCAGUACGAAAUGAGGACGCACUACCGCUGCAUAGAGCUUUCUCGUGUGACUGGAUCCACUGCACAGGUGUACCUGGAAUACAUACAGAGGAAUCUGCCAGAGGGUGUGGCCAUGGAGGUGACCAAGACCUCCAUGGAGAAGGUUCCAGAGCAUAUCCUGGAACCUAUGUGGAAUGGCCCGCCAACUGAAGAGAAGCCCAGCCAAUAAGAGCAGAGUCACAUACACAAGCUGCUUAUCUCAGCACCCAAUCAAGAAGACAGAACCUCCAGCCCUGAGACCGGUCCAGAGAAUAUGCUUGUUGACAAGGGUCAGCCAGAGCAAGGCGCUGCGUAGAUGAUCUGAUCAACUUCUGAACAAAUAGGUAUUGUAACUGUGCGGCCCCUAGCUCAGGCCAACCCUCAUGAACAAGCAGUGACUCAGUAUCUGUGCAUCAGGGCAUCCUCCACAAAAGCAAGAACUGAAUCUGACUAUUUCAGUCCAGAGAGAUGGUCAGUAGUCAUCUGCUCUCUGAGUUAAGCUUAUGCUGCUCAUUUUAGUUGGCUUUCUUUUUCUUGUAAUGUCCAAAUUUCUGUACUCCAAAAGACUACAAGAUGUAUGUUUUGUUAUUAAACUAUUAAUUAUCAUGUC